CACCUCUAGGAAUUUAUCAUUCACCAACAGCAACUAGCAUAACAAUGAGAACAAGCCUUCUAAUGGCUUUCGGCCUUUUGGCCCUGGCGGCGAUAGUGUCCGCCCGGGAAAUCCGCGAAAAGAGGUCCGCGGAUCUGGAAGCAGCUGCUUCCGGCCAUCAUUGGGAUAAGGGUGGCGGCCACGAGCACCACGGAGGCCACCACCACGAUCAUGACGACCAUGGCCACAAAGGACAUAAAGGUCACCACGAGCACCACCAUGGAAAGCAUGGCCACCACCACCAUGAAGGACACAAGGGACACCACGGCGAGCAUGGCGGACACAAGAAGCACCACCAUCACGAUGAGGGUUACCAUCACCAUCACCAUCACGGAGAGAAGGGCGAUCAUGGUCACGGUCAUGAUGAACACGGACACUGGCACAAAGGACACGAUACAAAGGGACACCAUGGCAUCGAGAAACAUGACGAAUUCAAGAAGGACAAACAUUUCCACGAUCAUCAUGGCGAGAAAGGCUUCCAUGAACAUCAUGGUGGUCACCAUCACGAGGGCGGCUACAAGAAGGGUGGUCACUUCCACAAGGGACACAAACACGGCGGACAUCACGAACACCAUCAUGGCAAGAAAGGACACCAUGAGGAAGGAGGACACCAUCAUGACCAUAAGGGCCACCAUGGUGAGGGCGGUCACCACGACCACUGGCAUCAUCAUCACGACCAUGACAAGAAAGGCGGACAUGAGGACCACAAGAGCUGGGGACACAAGAAGGGUGCGGCGCGACGGCUACCAGUUUUUCCUGCUGUUGUGGCUCUUAAUGGCCAUUGUUCUUUCAUACCACUAGGGCGCCUGACCUUGACAGUUGAGAUGCAAGAGCCUGGGACGCGGUGCAACAAUUGCCUAAUGCCGCCGACAAGAAAAUCGAACUCAAUGUUCUAUAAAAUGUUGACGUGCACUUUAUUACCUGCCAUAACACAACAAACAUCGGUACAGAACACAACAAUGAAGGUGGCGUUACUCCUCAGCUGUGGCGUCCUCAUCGCCCUCGUCGCGCUCACACAGUCCCGUGACUUGCGAGAAAAACGAGCAGCCGACCUCGAAGCAGCGGCCUCCAAACACGAGAAGGGCGGUGGCAAGGAGCACCACGCCCACCACCAUCAUGACCACGGCCAUAAGGGGCACAAGGGCUAUAAGGGACACCACCAUCACGAACAUGGCCACAAGGGACAUCACCAUCACGAAGGGCAUAAAGGACAUCACGAUGACCACGGCGGUCACAAGAAGCACCAUCAUCAUGACGAUGGCCACCACCAUGAGCACCAUCACGGAGAAAAGGGGGAGAAAGGUCACGGGUUCGAAGAGAAGGGCCAUUACCACAAAGGACACUCUACCAAGGGUCACCAUGGAGUACACAAAGUAGACGAGUUUAAGAAAGACAAACAUUUCCACGACAAGCACGGAGAGUCUGGAUACGAAGAAGGCCAUGGUGGUCAUCAUCAUGAACACGGUCACAAGAAGGGCGGUCACUUCCACCACGGACACCAUCACGAUGGACACCACGAACAUCACCACGGCAAGAAGGGACAUCAUGAGAAGGGUGGCCACCACCACGACCACAAGGGACAUCACGACGAAGGCAGUCACCACGAGCAUCAUCAUCACCAUCACGGUCAUGGAAAGAAAGGAGGGCAUGAAGACCACAAACACUGGGGCUUUAAGAAGGGACACUAAGCCUUUUGCCUAUUUGUACAUAAAUAUUGUUGUUAUAUUUUUAUCCUUUAACACUAUGUAUAUAAACACUGUUAUUACAAUCAAAACUGAUAUUUUUUACUAAA